UCUCUCUCUCUCUCUCUCUCUCUCUCUCUCUCUCUCUCUCUCUCCGACACUGAUUCGAACGCACCACAUAUUUAUAUCCGCUGACACCGUGGAGUGAUGCGCCGAUGGAACAAACAACACAGGACAACACAUCGUCCCGAUUUCACGCAUAUUCCCUCUUAUUCUGUCCUCGUCGCUUCCGAUACGAAAUGAUGCACCUUUGAAACGAUUCGCAUCGCGUCGUCGCUACAACAAUUCAAUAACAUCCCCCGCUCUCCGCCAUUCCCUGUGGAUGCUGCUGGUAGUAUGGUGAUGCGGGCGAUAAAAUAGACCUCCGUUUGGUGAAAGACUUGCGAGGCUUCGGGUCAAACGGGGGAAGUGACGGGGUUCAGUUUAAAGGUUCCCAAUGUUGAAUAUGUCGACCCCCAGCGAGCUGAAGUCUCCGUGUGUCCCGAGAAACGGCAUGGUCAAGCUCCCCCCUCAGCCCAACGGUCUGGGCAGCGCCAGCAUCACCAAGGGCACGCCCGCCGCCAAGAACCGCCUGUGCCAGUCCUCCUCCGUGCCCGGCAUCCUACCCCCGCCUUCCCUACCCUACCACCUGGACCCCCUCAACCCCCUGGGUCCCUCUCUCCUGGGUCCAGACCUGGACCACAGCGCCCUGACGGCCCUCAAACCCCCGCUGCGCCAGGUCCCCCUCACCUUCCCCAAGCCUCACCUUCCCCUCACCCUGCCUCUGGCCCUUCUGCCGCCCCUGGAGCGCCAGCUGGCCCUGGAUGAGAAGCUGCUCAACAGGCUGCUGUGGUACUUCACCACGGCUGAGAAGUGUGUCCUGGCCCAGGUGUGUAGGACCUGGAGGAAAGUGCUGUACCAGUCUAAGUUCUGGGAGGGUGUCACGCCCAUCCUCCACGCCAAGGAGCUGUACGCCCUGCUCCCUGGCGGAGACAAGGAGUUUGUCAGCCUGCAGGCCUUCGCUCUCAGGGGGUUCCAGGCGUUCUGUCUGGUGGGAGUUUCAGACCUGGACAUUUGUGAGUUCAUUGAUAACUACCCCUUAUCCAAGAAAGGGGUGAAGUCGGUCAGUCUGAAGAGGUCCACCAUCACAGACGCAGGCCUGGAGGUGAUGCUGGAACAGAUGCAGGGUCUGAUGCACCUGGAGUUGGCCGGUUGUAAUGACUUCACGGAGGCCGGUCUGUGGUCCAGCCUGAACGCACGGCUCACCUCGCUCAGCGUCAGCGACUGUAUCAACGUAGCAGACGACGCCAUUGCUGCCAUCUCACAGCUACUGCCCAACCUGUCAGAGCUCAGCCUGCAGGCCUACCACGUAACCGACACAGCCAUGGCUUAUUUCACAGCCAAACAGGGCUACACCACUCACACGCUGCGUCUCCACUCGUGUUGGGAGAUCACCAACCAUGGUGUGGUUAACAUGGUCCACAGCCUGCCCAACCUCACGGCUCUGAGCCUGUCAGGCUGCUCUAAAAUCACUGAUGACGGGGUGGAGCUGGUAGCAGAGAACCUGAGGAAGCUGCGGAGCCUGGACCUCUCCUGGUGCCCACGCAUCACUGACAUGGCCCUGGAGUACAUUGCCUGUGACCUCCACAAACUAGAGGAGCUGGUACUGGACAGAUGUGUGAGGAUUACAGAUACAGGUCUAGGUUACCUGUCCACCAUGUCUUCUUUGAGGAGUCUCUACCUGCGCUGGUGUUGUCAGGUGCAGGACUUUGGGCUACAGCACCUGUUUGGCAUGAGGAGUCUACGUCUUCUCUCUCUCGCAGGUUGUCCACUCCUAACCACUACAGGUCUAUCUGGUUUGAUCCAGAUCCAGGAUCUAGAGGAGUUGGAGUUGACCAACUGUCCUGGAGCCACAGCCGAACUCUUCAAGUACUACUCACUACACCUGACACGCUGCAUGGUCAUCGAGUAGCCCCCCCUCGGAUACCAUCACAUCCCCCUCUAACCUACCACCUUAUCCAACUACCAACUGACCUGCCUACCAAUCCCCGACCCCAACUACCGACCACUCCAUUACUUCAGCCCAACGAACGCAGAGGAGGAAUGAUGACGAUGUCGAUGGAGCCAGCCACGAUCUCUGCUCCAGCCAGGAUCUCUGCUCCAGCCAGGAUCUCUGCUCCAGCCAGGAUCUCUGCUCCAGCUAGGAUCUCUGCUCCAGCUAGGAUCUCUGCUCCAGCUAGGAUCAACCAGGGAACGUUUACAGGAAAGAGGGAUUUUUUGUAGAGGGAUAAACUAUUUAAAAUAAAAAAGUGAGUUUAUUGGA